AUGCUUGACGAGAAGGUGAUCAAGAGUCGGGAACGUCUUCUGGAGCCGGAGAAGGCGCUGGAAAUUCUGAAAUAUGCUGAAACAUGCCGCGUCUACUGUAAAGAAAUCCAUUACUUCAUGUCGUUGCACCUGACAUACCGGUGCGAAAAAGUCUUCAAGUGCUCACGAUUCGGUCGAAAAUCACCGGACGUGGCAGCGAAUCGUGUCCAGAUGCAACGACCUCACAUACAGAAGCUCAAACGAUUCCAGUGCAUAAACUGUCUCAGAGUGUUCGCAAGUGUUGCAAGUGUCGGUUCGAUAGUAUUUGAGAAUCAGGCAGAGCACAGUAAGCAUAUGAUAUCUAACUUCAUGGCAUCGUUCGGUGGUGAAUCAAGAACAAAAAAACAUUCGGAUGAACAGAGAUUCCUGACGACGUCAUUAAAACGAGAAGUACAAGAAAGUGAUGGAUGUUUCUAUCCGCUUCUAAGAAUUCUUCUCUGUUCAAGAUUGAAAACAACCAUGAUCCGUUUUGUCUUGAUAUUAACCAUCAGAAGAACAACAACUGUGUCACCGAACCGAUGA